AAUCCAAGACAUGAAGGAUCUCGCUAUAUUGACCCUUGAGUUACUUGGCUCCUUUCUGAUACAAUAGAUUGUGAUGGAUAGGGAAUAAAUGGAAGCAGCAAAAAAGGAGGAACAAACCUUGAUAUGAAGUACUCCAAUUGAUCACACUUAAGUGAUGAAGAAGAAAGUGACAUUGAAGCUGCCAACUUUAAGCCUUUAACCCUAGAGUUUGUGGAGGAAAAAAAAAUAUAUAAAAGAGAGAGAGAGAGAGAGAGAUGAUUUGCAAUGUUAGAAGAUGCCUAUUAUAGCUGAAGAAUUUUACAAUUGCUUCAUCAAACACUUAAAAGCUCAAAACUUAUAUCUUGUAUGUCCAAUAUUUUCAGUUUCCAUAUCAGCCAAACCCUUGAUUCUGUUAUUCAAUUCUUAGAUCAUUCAUGUCAAACUAAGAAUGCCAUAGCCAUUAAGAAGCUCCAUGCUCGCCUGCUCAGGACAGGCUUACUCUUUUUCUCACUUAAUAUUCACUGUAAACUCAUUUUCACCUACACCACAUGCCUCCACAAAAACAACCUCCAAGCCUUAAGCAAUUGCUGCAAAUUCCUAAUCCCUGUAAACCCAUUACCCUUCAAUAUACUACUUUCUAAUUUCUGCCGAAGUGGGUUCCCUUUAUUAGCACUAAAAACCUGCUCUCUCAUGCAUGUAAACAGUGUUUCUUUAGAUACUUAUGCUUUGUGUAGUUCCUUAACAGCUUCAUCUUCUAUGGAAAAUGUGAACUUUGGUAAGCAGAUACAUGCCCAUGUGACGAAAUCAGGUUGGUUAUCUAGUGUGUUUGUGGGCAGUGCAUUGAUCGACCUAUAUGCAAAAUCUUCUUUUGUUAGUCAUGCCGCAAUGGUGUUUGAAGAAAUUCCAGUGAAGAACACAGUUUGUGCAAAUGCUCUUUUAUCAGGGUAUGUUGAAGCUAAAUUGUGGGAUCAGGGAAUUAAAUUGAUAAGAAAUAUGCCCCUUUUGAGUUUGGAUUAUGAUCAUUUCACAUUAUCAGCAAUGCUGCGGACAUGCACGGGGCUUUCUGCUAUUGAAUUCGGAAGACAAGUGCAUGGCUAUUUAAACCGUAAAAUUAAUGAUUUGGGAAAUGAUGUUUUUUUGCAGAGUUCACUGAUUGAAAUGUAUGGCAAGUGUGGUUUUGUAGGGAACGCUUUGCAGGUCUUCAACUUGGCAGGAUAUAGAUUGGGUGGAAAGAGAAAUAGGGAUAUUGUUUUGUGGACUUCAAUGCUAGGUGUAUAUGGUAGAAAUGGGCAUUUUAACGAAGUGAUUGGACUGUUCAAGGAGAUGUUAAAAGAAGGGAUCAUACCAGAUGAGGUGGCGUAUGUUACAGUCAUCUCUGCUUGUGGUCACACUGGUCAAGUGCAACUUGGAAUUGAGUAUUUCAAAUCAAUGUCUCUGGACUUUAAUUUGAAUCCCGGCACAGAGCACUAUGGUAGUGUAAUUGAUUUACUUUGUAGGGCUGGUGAGUUAGGUAAAGCCUGGAAGCUGAUGAAUGAGAUGAUCACUAAAGGGCAUGAGAAUCCCAGCAUUUCCAUGUGGGGGGCUUUGCUUAGUGCUUGUGAGGAACAUGGGAAUAUUGAGAUGGGUAAAUUAGCUGCUCAAGAGGCACUUAACUUGGAGCCUCAGAAUGUCGGGAUCUAUGUUAUGUUGUCAAAUUUAUAUGCUAGGUUUGGUAUGUGGGAUGAGAUUAGCCAGCUGAGGGAAAUAAUGAAAGAAAGAGGGCUAAAGAAAGAUGUAGGACGUAGUUGGAUUGAAGUCACAAGUUAACUGGAGUGUUAUUAUCGUCAAACAUGGCGCGGUUGUGGUAUUGAUCUUGAAUGGUUGUCAGAGAUGCUAUGCCAAAUUGGAAGAUGACCCCCUUAACCUGUUUCAAAUUCUGAACUUACGAGUCGUCAAACAAAGAAUAUAAUCAGUAGUUCUUAAUCUUCCAACCGGCAGGGGAAAUGGCAAAUUGCAGAGUUAUGAACCUGAGGAGUUUUCCACUUGCCACUUGAGCUUAUGAGGCACCCUGUAGAUGAAAUGGAAACUAGGUCCUCUCAAAGCCAUUGCUAUGAAGCUUCAUGAAAAAUGCUGCUAGAAUUAACAUUAGCUAGUCAGACAGGUAUUACAGUUGAUACUUCAAAAUGUUUGAAUUGUUGUGUAAAUAUUCAUAUUCAGCAUUUGGUACUUUGAGGAUGUUGUAGUUGAUGACAACAUAAUUAAACAAGGAAUGCUGAGAGCAGCUAGAUUGUGGCUACAAGUUUUCAAUGAUAAAUUUUAAUUAACCCCAACAGAGACAGUAGGGACAAGUUUCCAUUUCAA